AUGCCUGUAUCUCACUUGUUUGCUCCUUUCAAUUCACACCAGAUCGAGCCAGGCAGCCAAACUGCCAUUGCCAAUGCCCAGGUGGCUCUGGCGCAGGCAAUCGCAAAACUCCCACCAAUUGGGCAAGCCAGAGAAUUGUUCAAUCACUUCACGAAUGCAUUACAGCCGUCGUUAGGACUCCUCCAUAUACCCUCUACACGAUCGUCAAUGGAGCAGACUUACCAAGAUCUGCUGGAUGGAAAACAGCCCACCCCGACAACUUUGAUGUUGCUCUUUAGCAUAUUUUCAGGCGCGGCGCUUGUCUGGUCAGCUUCGCUACUUAAAAACUUGAAUGCAACACAGGCCGAGACUAGAGCAGCCUUCCACGCUUACUCUCAAGGGGCGUUGGUCAUUUUGGAACAUCCCACCCAGCCUUUGGGACCUUCAACCAACGCUCUCGUUGCCACAUGUAUCCUAACUCAUUCGUUGGCAAACGAUGCUGGUCUUUCUGUUAGAAUGCGCAUUCUACAGGCCCGGUGCUUUUCAAUGGCACGAGACUUGGGUAUCCAUCGACUGGAUACAGCUCGAGGCCAAGAAGAGCGCAGGCUGAGGGGGUGUGAUCUGAUUGAGGUUGAAGUUCAGAGACGGGUCUGGUGGAACAUGGUAGCAUCUGACUGGUUGUCUUCGUUCUCGGGGGGGCCCCAAGAAGGCGUUUAUAUAUUUCAACCCAAGCACAUGAACGUGAACUAUCCGAGCAAUAUUGACGACGAAUUGAUGGUAUCGACGGGAAUUCAGCGAGAACUCUCACUGUCGGUUCCCACCGCGAUGUCAGGGUCCAUCCAGCGAAUCAGAACGGCAGUUCUGUGCCGUCAGGUGGUUGAUGCCUUGCCCUCGAUACUAUUGGAUUCUCAGCAACCAGAAUAUGAGGUAAUCCUUGCGCUAGACAAGAGGUUCCAUGAAUACAUUGAGGACAUUCCAGAAUUCUUCAAACUGGACGCAGAGAGCCUUCGAAAAAGUCGGAAAAUAUGCAAGGAACGACCAUACAUUGCCUGGCAACGAACCAGCCUGCAUUUCAGCUUUCACACUCGGCUAUGUAGGCUACAUCGGCCCUACCACCUUGAGGGUAUUACCGACCCAGCAUAUGCCUAUUCAAACAGAGUCUGCGUCAGCUCUGCGAAGAAGGUUCUCGAAUUGCGACGAGAAAUGGACGAAAUUAGCCCCGAGGCAGGAGGAUAUCCCGCGCGGCUCUGGAGAGUGGUGCAGCACCUCUUCUUUGCGGCGCUGAUCUUAGCAACGGAUGUGUCGUUUAACCCCGAGGCCCCGGAGGCGGAAGUCCACAAAGCCAAGGUACUCACCGCGUACCAGACGCUGGAGAGAUCCAAACACGAGUCUGGAACGUUAUUCGAGGGGGUCCAAAGAAAUAUGCAGACCUUGUUGUCGACCCUCAAACAGCGGCCAGGCCCGCCCGAUUUGCAGGGGUCUUCCGUCGAAGCUAGCACCAUGGCGUCUCGCGAAACAGCAACGAACGACCCAUUUAUGGGGCCGGGUGAGUUGCGCGGGACCAAUGAUUUUGAUCACCGCCUCAAUGCGCCGGAUAGCAGUGCGGGUGGAGACCUGAUGGAUGAGGCAGAAGGGAAUUGGCAGCAAAUUUGGUCCGACUUUGUGGCUGUUGCGCCCGACUUGGAUGUCCCGCAGUGGAACUCCCUACUGGAGGAUGUUGAUUUUGGCGGUUGGACAGAUCUGUAG